AUUUAACGAACCUUCAAGAAUCACCAAGCCCGCAUCUAAUACUAUUUAGCAUGUACGCCGCCGCUCCUCCCCCUGGAGGCGUUCGCCCCCCCACGUCGUCCGUGAAGCUGUCGCUGAGUGCCAAGAACCUAAAGGACCGCGAUAUCAUCUCCAAAUCCGACCCUUUCGCUGUGCUUUACGUGAAAAGCGGAUCUGGGUGGACCAAAUUGGGCAAGACGGAGGCCAAGAAGGACGAUUUGAACCCCACAUGGGCCAAACUCUUCCUAGUCGAGUAUCACUUUGAGUCUGCACAGCAACUCAAGGUGGAAGUGUAUGACCAGGACAGCUCGUCCCCCGAUAAACUCAAGGAUCAGGACUUUAUCGGUGGAGCAGAGUUCACUCUGGGUCAAUUAAUGGGCGCUCCGGGUCAGAGUGGGUCUUUCCUUCUCACUCGAGGCAAGAGCACGUCCAAGCACCAAGGCUCGUUGCUGAUCAAAGCCGAAGAAGUUAAAGCUUCCAGUGAGGCUGUUCGCUUCCGCUUCUCGGCCAGUUCCCUGGCCAAUAUGGACGGGAUGUUCAGCAAGAGCGACCCGUUCCUGGUCAUCAGUCGGCUGAGAGAAGAUGGUCAGUCCUGGACCCAAGUGCACCGGACAGAGACUAUCGACAACAACUUGAAUCCGAACUGGAAGGUCUUUGAGUUGCCCAUGCAGCAACUUUGCAAUGGCGACUUCAGACGUCCAUUGAGUCUGCAAGUGUUUGACGAAGAUCGAGGUGGGAAAUCGGAUCUGAUUGGGCACGUGCAAACGACGUUCGAGGAGAUUCAGGGGAAGCGAGGUACCAACUUCGUUUUACACAAUGAAGCGCUUCAGAAGAAAAAGGGCAAGAAAUACACGAACGCUGGGCUGCUUGUGGCUUCCGAGGUCGAGAUCUUCCGAGAUCACACCUUCAUUGACUACCUUCGUGGUGGUUUGGAGAUGAAUCUGAUCAUUGGCAUCGACUACACGGCAUCCAACGGACCUCCUAACGACCCGCGCAGCCUUCAUUUCAUCGAUCCGCGCGGACCGAACCAGUAUCAACACGCCAUUUCGGCCACGGUUUCGAUUCUGCAAGAGUACGACGCGGACAAGCAGUUUCCCGUGUAUGGAUUCGGCGGUAUCCCACCGGGCGCGUAUGACGUGGAUCACUGCUUUCCACUCAAUCUGAACCCGUCGAACCCGGAAGUUGCAGGUGCUCAGGGAGUGCUCCAGUCGAUGCGAAUCGCCAACCAGCUCAGUGAUCCCCACAAGCAAAAGUACUUUGUGCUGCUCAUUAUUACGGAUGGCGCAAUCAUGGACAUGCAGGCAACGAUUGAGGCGCUGGUUGAGGCUUCCCACGUCUCUCCACUUUCAAUUGUGAUCAUUGGUGUGGGUCCCGCUGACUUCUCGUCCAUGGUCGCUUUGGACGGAGACGGAGGCAAGCUGCGGGCUAGAAACGGAAGGGUAUCUGCUCGUGACAUCGUCCAAUUCGUCCCGUACAACCGCUUCGUGGGGUACCCGGAUGCUUUGACAAGAGAAACUCUCGCGGAGAUCCCACGGCAGCUGUGUCAGUACAUGAAACUCCUCAACAAGGCUACGCCCAAGCCCCACCCCAGGGACAAGGAGGUUACCAACCACCGCCCGGCCAAGCCCAUGGAUACCCACAAGGAGGAUAUCAACCACAGCCAGGCCAACCCGGUCAAGCCCCACCCCAAGGAUAUCAACAAGGACAGGCAGGCCAACCCGGUCAAGCCCCACCCCAAGGAUAUCAACAAGGUUACCAACCACAGCCAGGCUUUCCCGGACAAGCUCCUCCCCAUGGGUACCCGCAAGCAGGACAGCAGCCGCAACCAGGUUACCCCGCCCAGGGCCCAGCCCAAGGUUACCAGCAAGGUUAUCAGCCACAGCCAGGCUAUCCCGGCCAGGGUCCGCCUCAAGGUUAUCAGCAAGGCAGCUACCCACCGCAGCAAGGCUACCCUCCUCAAGGCCCACCCCACGGAGCAGCUCCUGGUUACCCAGGCUAUCGUGGUUAAUCACCAAGGACACAAGGCUACAACGCGUGAAACAAGUCCCCGGUCAUCGUGUUUUUUUCAGGUUCAAGAAAUUUAUUGA